CGGGACCGAAGUCAGCUGUGUGAGCACCCGAUACCCGGUGGUGUUGGUGGUGAACAACCGCUGAAGUGCGGACGUGUGAAUUACGCGCUAUUGAAAACGCUUCAAAAGCUUCGGUCGCGAUCGCGAUCGUGUGUCGGGAAAAGAUAUUACACCCUCACCGAUCGGGGACAGUUGGCAGGCACUGAGAUUGUAUGUAAAUUUCGCCACCAUCCGAGUUUGAGUACUGUUCGAGCUAAGGGUGCCUCUCGAAGCUCGCUAUUAUUAGUUACCGCGCUAUCGGUGCCCAGUGCAGACCGCAGGCUUGCUCUGCUCGAAGGCCAGAUUUGCGGGUUCGAUAAGACUUUGUGUGCGUGCGUGUGUCGGUGGAGGUGUCGGUGCGAUCGAGCGUACGAAGAAAGUCGUGUCGCGAUUUCGGUGAACAUCAUCCGCGAAAUGGUUGCCCGUGUGGUUCGAAACCGACCGUUGUCGGUGAAAAGUAAGCAACUGCUGGCCGUCUGCUUCUGCCUGUUGCUUUCCCUCCCAAGUGCGAUCGAGGGCCGAAAGGUGGCCGUGUCUCGUGUAACGAAACCAACGGCACACCGUGGGUACGCUAAUGCGGACAUUGCCAAGUUGAGUUAUUCCCCAAGCCACUCGGCACCAGCUCCUGCCCCACGGCCCAUUGCUCCCUCGUACUCGGCACCACCGCCUCAACCACCUCAAUACCACGGAGGUGGUCAACCUUCGUACGGAUGGAACGUCCCUGGAGGACAUCCUGCUCCGGGAGCCGCGUCCGGUGGAGUGUAUCCUGGCGCGGCUGCAGCUGGAGCGGCCGGAACUGGGCUGGUGGCGGGCAACGUGUACCGAUCGCAUGGACAUAACGCAACCGCGGGAGGAUUCGGUGGUGGAUUGGCUCAUUCGCCUCCAGGAGCAUACCCGGCGUAUCCUGGUCAUCCGGCUCAAGGAUUCCCGGGUGCGCCUGUGCAACAUCCCGGUGGUGGAUUCCCUGCUCAAGGAUACCAACCGCAGCCCGGUGGAGGGUAUGUACAGCAGCAACCGGGUGCGGGAUUCCCGCACCAGCCAUCAUACGCUCCCGGAGGUCACUAUGACCAGGGUCAACAAGGACACUAUCAGGGACAUCCGGGACAGACGGCCGUGCACCAUUACGAGCAGCCUGCAAGUGGUGGUAGCGGAAUUGGAACGAUCCUUGGAGCAGGUGCAGCCGGAUUGGCCGCAGGAGUCGGUGGUGCUGCCUUGUACGAUGCGCUAAAGCCAAAGGAAUCCAAGGAGGAAGCUCCUGCGACGACCGCUGCUACGACGACGACUGCUGCAGCCGCAGGACCAGCCAGUGAAACUCCUGCACCAGUUCCGGCCAAUCCCAACGGUGAUGCACCACUUGCUCCGAUGCCACCAGCAAAUCCCAACGGCGAAGCACCGCUUGCCCCAAUGCCACCGGCCAACGCGAAUGGAGACGCUCCCCUAGCGCCCAUGCCGACCGAAGGCACCCCAUUGGCAACGGUUCCACCAGCAGCGGCAGGAGUUACAGAAGCUGAGAGCACCAGCACCACCACCGGUGCGACCAGUUCGUCGGAGAAUCCGCUGGGAAUGGCUCCUCUGGCACCGAUGCCGGAUGCCACCUCCGGUGCCCCAGUAGACCAAGCUUCAGGAGCAGACGUUGCUGUUCGCAAUUCGGCCCUCAACGUCCAGCCAGAUCUAUCCGCCUCGAUGGCGGAACCGGCCAGUGGAGAUGCGCCUGGAGCAGUGCGCCUUUCGGGUGCCCUUUCGAUCGCCGCCCUUCUGCCACUGGUGGUGAAGUACCUGCGGGUGUAGGAGACCGCAGACGAGCGGGGAGAACUGUUGUGUGCCACUACUGUUUUGUAGUUCGCGCGAGGCGCCCGUAUCGGUUGUACGAGCUCGAAUAAGUAUUGCCUGUUGCUGUAACUGUUAGUAUCGUAAUCGUUAUUUCCGAACAUCGCACAUAGCUCAGCGAGCAACUGAAAGCCCUCACGGAAUGUUCAAUGUUUGAAUUUUCGGACGAAUCCUAAUAAAUAAGUGUACUUAAAACCACAA